GCAGUUGCAGUUAGGUUGGUUCGUUGCUUCCACCCCCUCCCCCUCUCCCACCCACGACUCCUCGAACCAAGCCAAGCAACCGCGGCGCCCCAGACCGACGGACGGAGACCAAGCCAGCCAGCAAGCCAUAGGCGGCGGAUCCCGGCCCCGCCGACGAGACGCAGAGAGAACCCCGCCCACCCCCUCCAGGACCAGGAGCUCGCCGCCAGAGCAGCAGGGGGGAGAGGAGCCGCCGGCUCGACUCCUGCCGCUCGAGCAGCCAGCAGGCAGCAGGCCCCUCGCGCGAUUCGGAUCCCCCCGCCGACUCGCGCGCGCCGGAGAUCUGGACUCCCCUCGCCCCCGCCGCGCCGCCGUACCGGGGACGGGAGGGGAGGAUCCAUGUCCCAGCCCCACAGGCGCAGCACCGGGAACGGCAACGGCGGCGCGGGCUCCGGCGCCGGCGGGGGCGGGGGCGGGGACUACAUCAAGUCAUGGAUCAUGUGCGGCAACCUGCAGCGCGGCUUCGGCUCCCUCGUCCGCGAGCCCUGCGGCCUCAGCCCGGACCCCUACUACCUCAAGGGGGGCAAAAUGCUCAGGCCGGAGAAAUGGAACGCGUGUUUCGAUGCCGAUGGGAAGGUCAUCGGCUUCCGUAAGGCCCUCAAAUUCAUUGUCUUAGGGGGCAUGGAUCCCUCUAUUCGAGCAGAAGUUUGGGAGUUUCUUCUUGGGUGCUAUGCCUUAAGUAGCACAACAGAGUAUAGGAGGAAACUAAGAGCCGCUCGAAGGGAGAAAUAUCAAUGUUUAGUUAGGCAAUGCAAGAGUAUGCACCCAAGCAUUGGUACAGGUGAGCUUGCGUAUGCUGUUGGCUCAAAGCUGAUGGAUGUCAGGACUAUGCCAAAAGAAAAUGACAGUAGAGAAGAAGUCAGCACAAGUCAACGAGCCUCAGAAAAUGCACCUGGCAGUACAGUAGAAAACUCGAACUUAAAUUAUGACUCUGCUGGAACACCAGAGUCACAAAGCUGUAGCAAAUCAGCUGAAGUAGCUGGUUUCAACGCACAUAAUGAUAGCUCUGUAUAUAAUUCAUCCAAAUUUAUGGUGUCCUCCACAGUGGUGAAUAGUUGCUUGUCAGAUUCUGGGGAUUACAAUGACAUGGGUGAACCAAGAUAUGACAGUGAGACGUUCAUGGAGUAUCCCUCCCUGCCUGGUACAAACUUGUUUGCAAAUGAUGGUGGGGAUGUCAAUGGGGUUGACGAAAGUCUUUGUAGUUUCUCAGUUCCUGAAGAUAGGUUAAGACAACGUGACGAACGCAUGCACAGCUUCCAGAUCAAUAAUAACAUAGAUCUCAUUAUGGAGUCCAAUUCCAGUGAUCUGUUUCGGGCUAGCAACAGUGACUCAGCCAUCUUUCACUCUGAUGCGUUCAAACAGGGUAGAUGGUUGGAUGACACUGGCUACAACAGGGAAAUAGUAGAUUCUUUGAAGAUAUCUGAUGCGCCAGAAGCAGAUUUUGUUGACGGAACCAAAUCCGACAGUCCGGUUGCAAACAAAGACAGAGUCGCCGAGUGGCUAUGGACAUUGCAUAGAAUUGUGGUCGAUGUUGUCAGAACAGAUAGCCAUCUCGAUUUCUAUGGAGAAUCAAGAAAUAUGGCGAGAAUGUCAGAUAUACUUGCAGUUUAUGCAUGGGUUGAUCCUUCCACUGGAUACUGUCAAGGUAUGAGCGAUCUUCUUUCCCCUUUUGUUGUUCUAUACGAGGAUGAUGCAGAUGCCUUUUGGUGUUUUGAGAUGCUACUGAGAAGGAUGCGUGAAAAUUUCCAGCUCGAGGGACCUACAGGAGUUAUGAAGCAGUUGGAAGCAUUGUGGAAGAUCAUGGAAUUGACAGAUACAGAAUUAUUUGAGCAUUUAUCAGCAAUUGGUGCUGAAAGCCUCCAUUUCGCUUUCCGGAUGCUGCUAGUGCUUUUUCGUCGAGAGCUAUCUUUUGAGGAGUCGCUGAGCAUGUGGGAGAUGAUGUGGGCUGCUGAUUUUGAUGAAGAUGCAAUCAGGAAUUUGGAAGCGAACUGCCUAGAACAAUUGCUACUAGAUGUGAAGAAUGAUUUUUCAUGUGAGGCCAAAGAAGAGCCCCGGGUGAACAAGUACACGAGAAGAAAAUCCAAAAGCAGGAGAUCCCAUCGUAGAAAUGGUGAAAUCCGCGUGUCUUGCAACCCUGGAGUGAAAUCUAGUACAAGAAAUCCCCUGUGUGGCUUGUCAGGUGCUACUAUCUGGGCAAGGCAUCAACAUAUGCCUCAUUUGAGUACAAAUGUCUUGACAAAGAAUGGAGACGACGAACUGCCUAUAUUCUGUGUAGCAGCAAUCUUGAUAAUAAAUCGGCACAAGAUUAUUAGAGAUACUCACUCAAUAGAUGAUGCUAUCAAGAUGUUCAACGACAAUAUACUGAAAAUCAAUGUAAAAAGAUGUGUGCGCCUGGCUGUCAGGCUGAGGAAGAAGUACCAGUACAAGUCACUAAAAGGAGGUUCAGAGGAGGACGGCGUCGGAGCAGCAGUCCUAAGCAUCUCCAGGAUUUUCUGUUGCGAGGUUAGGAUAAAUUGUACAUAUGAGGAUGGCGGGUUGCUACAUCUGCCUUGUUCGUCGGAUUCCGGUAGAAUCAACCACUCGAUCGACUUAAUUUCCCCCGCCGGUGCUGCCUCUGUUUUGCCGAAGAUGCUGGGCGGACUUUACGGCGACCUCCCGCCGCCCACCUCGGCGGCCGGCGACGACGACAAGCCGACCGCCUCCGUCUGGUCGAGCGCCACCAAGAUGGCGCCGCCCACCCUCCGCAAGCCCUCCGCGACCUUCGCCCCUCCCACGUCCCUCCUCAGGAACCAGCACCCCCGCCCCGCCGCCGCUCCCAAGGCCAGCGCCGUCCACCAGCAGCAGCAGCAGCAGCCGCCGCACCCCCUCCCCCUCGCCUCCGCCGUCACCACCACCACCGCAGCGUCCUUCCACCCCGCCCUCGUCGCCGUGCAGUCCACCGUGCUCGAGGAGUACGACCCCGCCAGGCCCAACGACUACGAGGACUACCGCAAGGAGAAGCUCAAGCGGGCCAAGGACGCCGAGAUGAAGAAGGAGCUCGACCGGAGGCGCCGCGAGGACCAGGAGCGGGAGAGGGAGCGCGAGCUGAGGGAGGCCGAGGCACGCCUGCGGGAGGAGCAGUCCAGGGCCUCCUCCCUCAACAUAUCCGGCGAGGAAGCCUGGAAGAGGAGGGCCGCCAUGAGCGGCGCUGGCGGCGGCGCUACUCCUCAGAGGGUCUCGUCUCCGCCCCACGGCGAUGCCAGUGGCUUCUCCAUCCCAGGCUCCUCCUCCUCUGGCUUGGGCGUGGGCGCCGGCGGCCAGAUGACCGCUGCCCAGAGAAUGAUGGCCAAGAUGGGGUGGAAGGAAGGCCAGGGGCUCGGCAAGCAAGAGCAGGGAAUCACAGCGCCUCUGGUUGCUAGGAAGACUGAUCGGAGGGCAGGGGUUAUUGUCGAUGAGAGCAGUUCCAGGAGGCCCAGAUCAGCCAACUUUGAAGGCCAGCCCACCAGAGUAGUGCUGCUGCGUAACAUGAUUGGUCCGGGCGAGGUUGACGACGAGCUGGAAGACGAGAUUGCCUCGGAGUGCUCCAAGUUUGGGGCUGUGUUGCGCGUGCUGAUAUUCGAGAUCACCCAGGCAAACUUCCCCGCAGACGAAGCAGUGAGGAUCUUCGUGCUGUUCGAGAGGACAGAAGAUUCAACCAAGGCGUUGGUCGAACUGGAAGGGCGCUACUUUGGCGGACGCAUAGUGCACGCCACCUUCUUCGAUGAGGGAAGGUUCGAGAGGAACGAGCUCGCUCCGAUGCCCGGCGAAGUACCAGGGUUCGACUAAACCUUCAUAAGCAGACUAAAGAACUGGACGUUGGUGUCUCGGGUGUAAUUUAAUCUAGAGCAUGAACGCUGUUUUUCUCUUUUCUUUUGAGGACAGUUUACAGCAUGUUGACCUAUUGCCGUUUUAUUAUUGUAGAGUUGUUAUUGUUAUA